CAGCUGCCUGAGCUUGCGGGAGGGAUUUCCUUGUGCGACGCGUGGUCUGACAUGUGGGCCCACCCCGGGGGUUGAUCCGCCACAAGGGUUUGGCCGCGGGAUCCGGCAGGGGUCGGGGCGUCUAGGAUGAUGGUGGUGGUGGUGAUGGUGGCAGGGCUGUGGAGAGGUUCACGAGAGAUGGUAUGUGCUGGAUUUAACUGGAAUUGCUGGGAUCUCUGCUGAGAUCCGGGCGGUGAGUGGCGGUUGGUUGAGCCGGCUGGAUCAAUAGAGGCGGGCUAGAGUGCUGUAGUGGCAAGCUUCGUUAGCUUUGAAUUGGUGAGUUCUUGAUUGUAGCUAGCACGAGACUUGCGGGGUUUGGCAACAGAGAAUGGCCGAGUUUGCUGGACAUUUGGAAAAGAAUUGAGAGUAGUUCUCAGUGCUUCAUUUGGCGCUUCGGCAACUUCUACAUUUUGGUCAUUGAUGGACGUUGCAUGGAGCCAUGUAUCAUGGUUUAUUUGAUUUGUUAGCUAGCUCCAAGAACUUUGGGUAAAUGUCGCUAUGUCGUCCUUCUCCUUGUAGAUGGUGCAUUUCUGUUGGUGACGCUGAUUGUCAAGUGGCCUUCGGUUUGUACUAGAGCUCAUCCUUAGGAGCUGCUAGUAUCUCUGUCGAGCUUUGCUCUGUGCAUUACAUUGUCACUAUGGCAUGAUUAACCAGAUUUGGGAUUUGACAACUAACUAGAAGUACAAUCUGAUGGAAAACAAACAAAUUUUGUGUCUCAUAGUUUACCCCAAGACUCAUGGAAGGAGUAGAGCUGGUUGCAUUUAUUAAUAGUAUUGUUGCAUUAAUGGGAUGCGUCGCAUAUAAUUUGACAAGUUGUUUAUUUAUAAUUUAUGUACGAUUAGCGUAUCACACUGCAGUUGGCCUGUUUUGCGGACUAUGUUUUAUCGGUCAAUAUUAAUAAGCAAAAAGCUUCUGUAUACGGAAAGAGGUUUGUGUUUGUAAAAAUCUGGAGUAGAACAGGAUGUCACACGCGGAAAUAUUUAUGUAAAAUAUUAAGUGGUGGCACAAUCCAUUAAGGUUGUGUGUUUUCUUUGGUCAAAGCUAUCUUUUUUGCUCCUUACUUUGGACCUGGAGCGUACCAUGUUACUUGAUGUGAAAGACUGGUUCCAUGAUUUAUUUAUUACUCACGAUCUUCUAUAUUGACAGGUUUUUCUGUGAUUUGAGAUCUCUUACUGCUUCUUGGGCAUUUGAGCUCAAUGGUUGCAAGAUUAGUCUUUUGCAACUUUUUGUACUCAUGUUGAACUUUUUAGCGGCGUAAACUUGCCAGAACCAGGUUAAUGGCAUCUGGUACAAAGUCAGACUUGUUGUCUGGCAGCCCUGAUGGGCAUGGAUACUUCAAUGGAUCACGCGGGUCAUAUUCGUCUGCUUCAUUGGAAAGGUCAGGAAGCUUUCGUGAAGGUGGUGAUAGUUAUGCGACGUUCCCAGUAUCAAGCUCAACAAGAUCACCAGCAACUAAGAGCAGCGACUCUGCUACCUUGCUUCAAUCCCUUGCCAUGGAACUAAGAGCAGCAACUUUGGAUCAGAAAGCAUCUCGAUUAGAUGUAAAAAAAUCAAUAAGUUCCAUAUUUGGAACUUCCCCAGAAGAAUCAACAUCAACUCCAUGUACAGGAAGGAACUUUCCUAAUUCUGUUGAAGAGAUCAGACGUUUGAGGCAUAACCUUAAUGAGAUGUCAAACAAAGCUAGUUUAAGAGCUAGAGCUUUUGGUGCUGCUGUAGCGAAGAUUGAUAAAUGUUGUCCUAACAUUACACGAAAACGUUCCCGCGGAGACAGUUCAUCAAAUGAACGAUCUACCGCAUCUUUGUGUGGAGGAGCUAUGUCCAGGAUUGGCCCGCACGGCCAUCUAAAUGCAGAUGAUGCAGAACUUGGGCCUCAAAGAGAAGAGAGGACAAAGAAUGCAGUACAAAAUAGGAGAUUGCGUACAUCCAUGACGGAGAUGGACUCAAGGACCGCGAGUAUCUCAAGGGGAUUGGCACCCGUUGAUAGAAGCUCAGAUCCUGGGAAAGUUACAAAUGGUGGUCCAGCAGUUCCUGAAGAAAAAACGAGAGGCUUGACAACUAGUAUUGAUGGUUGGGAGAAGCCAAAGAUGAAGAAAAAGCGUUCUGCCAUCAAGGCAGAUGUUUCAUCUGUUAGUACUUCACGAACCAUGGAUGUAGACUGGGAGCAGAAACAAGGCAUGCAACACAAGUUUAGCAGUGAUGCCAGGGCAAGAAUGGGAAAUUCCCCUAGUUUCAGGUCUGGAGCUGUUGCAUCUGUCUCUGGCACUGGUAAAGCAGACUUGCUUUCUGCACAAAAUGGUCUUGUUGGGCGAUCCCUGAAUAGGAAUGACCAAGACAGUGGUUUCCAUCCUACUAACAAAAGGGAUCGACAACUUGUUUUAGACAAGGAAAUGUCCAAUCCCAAAGCUAUUAACAAAUUCAAUGAAGAUGACACUAGUUCUAAUAUCACAGCAGUAUCAAAGGCAAACGGGUCUGCUAGGGGACCCCGAUCAAACUCUGGUUCAUUAUUGAAGUCAUCUCCAAACAGGCAUCGACUACAAGCUAAUCCUGAUGACUGGGAACAUCCUUCUGCCACAAAUAAGUUGAAUUCUGCUAGUGGAUCUGGCAAUUCUAAACGUACAAAGUCUGCACAUUCACUAUCCCCUCCCACCCAGUGGGGUGGGCAGAGGCCUCAGAAGAUUUCCCGUUCAGCAAGGAAGUCAAAUCUCCCCAUCAUCACAAGCACUGAUGGGACAUUAGUAUCUGGUUCGCUUGAAAGUCCAUCUAUCAGUGAACAAUCUGCUGGGUUACCCAGGCGUGCAUCUAUAAAUGGUUCACAACAAGCCAAACGGGGAGAUCAUGGGCACUCAACUGGACCUGAAGGAGGCGAGUUUGGAUUUGCUGAGAAAAAGUUGAGGGACAAAAGCAAAAGGGCUGGUGAACUGGAUGAUGGCCACUGUGGUUUUCAAAAGACUGCAAUGCUUGGGCAUCCUUCCAAAAAGAAUAAGUUUUCUGCUGAUGAAGAUAUUGGUGAUGCUUCACGAAGACAAGGAAGGAUUGGUCGUGGUUUUACUCCAACCAGGCCCAGUACCCCUUCAUCACUUGACAAGCUUGAAAAUGCUCCGAUUACAAAACAAAGAAGUGUAAGGACAGUCUCGGAGAGAAAUGAAAGUAAAUCUGGAAGACCACUGAUAAAGAAGAUAUCAGAGCGUAAAGGCAAUGCACGCCCUAGGCAUACAAUUAGCAAUCUGCAGUUGGACUCUCCUGUGCAAUCAGAAGAUGAUCAUGAGGAACUGCUUGCUUCAGCAAAUUCUGCUCUAAGGUCUGCUUAUGGAAGUGCAUUUUGGCGGCAGGUGGAUCCUUUCUUUGGUUUUGUGACCACGGAAGACAUAGCGUACCUAAGUGAACAGAUACAUUUGCUAGAUGACUCUGCUGCGAGCAGGUCAGUUGAAGGAGACGAAAGUCGGAAAUACAAGGGUAGCCUUGAAUACAUUUCAGAGCCAUCAACUCCGGCUGGUAGCAACAAAGAUGACCAUAGUGCUCUUCCAAAUGGGUAUGCCCUGAAUGGGAUGGUGAAUGAUUCAGGCGCCUGGGGGACAAGCUGCAUUGAACCUAUCCUGGAUCAACUUGUCCAAGGAAUUGAUGUGCGAGAAGUUGGUUCGGUUGGCCAAAGACUUAUUCAAGCUUGGAUAGAUGAAGAUAAGGUUGAUGAUAUUGCCAACGACGUUUACAGAAGCGAAGGAUAUCCAUUCGAUACACAUGAAAUACAUUUUGAUGAAGGAGGAUGGAAAUCUCAUUCAGAAGGUUAUAAGUUGGAGCCUUUGCUGAAUUUUGAAGCUGCAGGGAAUUGCCCUAAUGGUUUCAUGUCGGGAUCUGAUUGGAAAUACAAUGAUGAACCGUCACACAAGAACAGUAAUGUCAUGGAGAAGGCCAAGGUGUGGCCCGAGUUUCAGUACAGUGAAAUGUGCUUCAGUGAUAGGAUUAUCAUCGAGCUAAGUGAAGUGGGUGUAUCUAUUGAACCCGUGCCCGAUCUUGCACAGAGUGAAGACGAGGAUGUCAAUGCUGAAAUCUGUAGAUUAGAAGGCCAACUUCAUAAGGAGGUUCUCGAGAAGGAAAAGUUACUAGCGAAGUUGGACAGAAUGGUUAGAACUGCGAAGGAGUCUCAGCAGAGGGAAUUUUCGCGGCGCGCCAUGGAGAGACUUGUGCUGAUUGCUUACGAGAAAUACAUGGCUUUCUGUGGCUCAAAUAAUUCAAGCAGCAAAAGUGUUAAUAGAGCUAGCAAACAUGCUGCCCUCAGUUUUGUUAAACGCACGAUGGCACGUUGCCAAAUCUACGAAGAGGCAGGAACAAGCUGCUUUGAUGAAGCCCCUUUCAAGGAUAUGUUUAUAUCAGCAACUUCACACAGAAGGGACCCAGAUUCUGCUUCACAAGAAAAUAAUACACUACCAAAAUCGGUCCAAAGGUCUAGUGCAUCAGACGCUUCUCGAGCGAGCAGUCACAUGUCGGAUCUGUCAUUUGCCAAGGAGGAUCCCUGGACAAAUAAUGUAAAACAAAGGGAAUUGUUGCUUGAUGAGGUUGUAGGCAGCAUAACUGGAGGAACCCUGAAGACCUCGGGCCUGGGGGCUUCCCUUGUUAGCAAUACAAAAGGAAAGAGAAGUGAGAGAGAUAGGGAAGGUAAAGGGCACAGAUCAGGGCGCCCACCAUCGUCCAAUGCAAAAGGGGAACGGAAGAAUAAAACAAAGCCCAAACAGAGGACAGCCAACAUAUCUGCUCCUGUGGGCAGUGCUCCUCCCCGGGAUCCGGAUCCACAGCCGCAGACAAUAGUAACUCCUUCAGACAACAAGAGCAAGGACAGUAGCACCUUUGCUGCCACUAGACGUGAUGAACCGGCAAAUCCCACACAUGAUGCUGAAAUACCAGACUUAUCUAACCUUGAGCUACCAGGAAUCGAUGGCGAUUUUGGCGGCUGGUUAAAUAAUAUAGACGACGACGAUGGGUUCCAGGAUCUCGACUUGAUGGGCCUCGAGAUCCCAAUGGACGACAUCAACGAGAUUAAUAUGAUGAUAUAGGCCCACAUAGAAAGCUUCAUAUAGUGCACAGGUAACAGGUGGUUCUCUCAAGAUAACCACCAACCCCAGCAGGUUUAACACCAGGCCGGAUAGUCCCCAGGUAGCCUUUUCUUGUUCUUUUUUGAUAAAAGCUUGUAGAGACCUCACACCCCUCCCCCUUUUUAUCAUCGGCGUGCAGCUCGCCUCCCUACCUUGUACAACACGUUACUCUGUACUGUACAUAUCUAUUUUGGUGCUGUACAAGGCAGGGAGGCCAGUUGCUUGAUUGUACUCGAAAGGCUGUACAUAUGGUAUCCCCUUGUGCUAAAAUAAAGCGGCGUCGGUUAUAGCUUUA